UUUCUAUUCGUUUGCCUCUACUCUCAUGAUUCCCAUUUUUUCCUGUCCAUCCAUCCGUUCUUUCCUAAUUGUAUUCAAGGUCUCUUUCUGCUUCCAAGAUCGAGACUCUUCACGACGAUGUGUUAUUCAAGAAAAAAAAGAUCACCAUUGAGCGAGAUGCAUUCUUGUCCUUCCAACAGUGGUACCGCUAGAUUGCGAGCGUGAAGAACCGCCAGAAGACCAUUGUGUGGAAGACUGACAAACCCUUCAUGUCAUAGAACCUCUUUUUCUGGAUCAUCGAUAUGGGUCGUCUCUUGCCUACAAACCUCGUGGAUUUUAGGGUCCAGAUAUACGUGAUGAAGGGGAUAUGGGCUUAUAUGGAGCAGUACAGGAAUAUGGAGAGUUGGACUGAUAUUAUGAUCCUUGGGCUGGUGCACCAUAUGUUGGUUUUCCGGAAUAUGCACGAUUUUGCGGGUGGCGACGUUCUGAUUAUAUGCAUCAAUUGGGACAAGGAACUCGUGGAUGCGGCGGUGGAUUACUGGGUCAAGCUGAGCGCUGAUAACUGGAUGAAGGAAGAACGCGACACAAAACUCUGUCAAGUCUAUGCGAAGGCGCAUGGUCACAACCCCUGCUUCUACCAAGUCGAUCCAUAUGUUUGUGCCCUGCUGCUUGACGAGGAGGUCAGCUACGUCCUGUCAUUCAUCGUUAUUUUAGAAACUAGGAAGGAUGGCAAGGAUCGUGCGUUCUUCACUCAUCCAUCCCACUGCCCACCACCCUCCAUCCUCAACACCCUCCCAAAGACAUGCAGAAGUGCCUCCUGCACCAACUCAAAGUGCAUCGGAGUAUGGCGCGUUGAGGAUUGCUGCAGCCUGCACUGUACAGGCCCGAUGGUCCGAGAGCUCCAACGCUACGAAGAUUGUGUGGUGUGUAACCUUUGGGGAUGCGAAACAGAACCAGUGGUUGGACUCCAGAGGUGUCAGAAGUGUAAGGAGACCUUGUAUUGUUGUCAGAAAAGCCGCCUUGUUUUCUUCACACGUUUUUGUAUUGCCAUUUCCCACUUAUUUUAUCGAUGA